UUAAUUCUAUUUUAUCGCCUGAACUAAAAGAAGCGGCACACUCUCAUAGCGAAUGUUUGGGCUCAGCGUCCCGCGUCCCGAUCCCGACCCGCAUCCAGUAGUUCCCCGGCCAGUCGCCGCGAGCCACGAGUGUUCCGCGCACUCCUGCUAUCCUGGUAGUUCAGUGGAGUGUUGAUAAAGUGAAAAUAAGGAUUUCAAGCUGAGAUUUACCGAGUGAUAAUAACCAAAAGUGACUAGAAAACCUCAACUUGAAACACCAGAAAAGUAAAAAUGUGAGUGAAAAUCCGCGCCACGGAAUCAUGGAUAAGCGAAGACAUUAGUGGUGUUGAAAAUGUUAUUAGUGAGCGAUGCGCGAGGAUCCAGAGCUGGGUUAUGGUGGGCGGCGGCGGUGGUGGCCCUGGCGGCCCAGGUGGCCUGCCUACACGGACCCAACGUCUGCAUACAGCAGCAGAAAUACAACGUGACGAAGCGCGUGAAGUACCGAGCGCCGAUGUCGGUGCGCUCGUACGAGUGGUGCUUCGCCGUGCCGCCGCGCUGCUCGCGCUGGACCACCGAGAUGCGCGACCUCACGCGGCUUGAGAAUGAGGAAAGAACUGCGGAAGUAGCGGUUUGUUGUCCUGGAUACAAAAUGAAGGAUAUCACGUGCAUCCCGGUCUGUCCCAGCGGUAAAACUGGACACAAAUGUACCCUGGAUUGUCCACUAAAUAAAUGGGGCCCAAAUUGUACGUAUACCUGCAAGGAUUGUGUACAUGGCAAGUGCUCUCCGACCAAUGGACAAUGCCUGUGCCAGGAGGGAUGGCAAGGUGAGAGUUGCGAGAUUAAAUCAUCUCCCCCUAUCCCAUCAAGUACUACGGAACGGGAAAAUAUACUAACCACAAGCACUUUAACUGUACCGAAGUCGCUAACUGUAGCUUAUGAACAGGAUGAGAACUUAUUGACUACCGCACAAAGUACUAGUGCAGCUGAAACUAUAUUAACGACCAAGCUAGACCCUGUGACGACAUCAACUCAUCCAGAGACGAUAACAACCACCACAGUGCCACCAGUAUCUUCAACAACUACUAAAUUGAUACCAAUCUUAAAUAAUUCUGACAUAUUGGCUGGAUUAGAUGAAACGGAAAAAGCUAGCACAGAACGUCCGAAUGUUGUAACGUCUGAUUCCAGUACGCAUUUAAUGAGAAUUACUACUGAAAAAAGGAAAAAUGAAACUGAACUGAAUGAUAUAUAUACCACGACCAUUGAAAACAACAUUUCAGUAGUGAAAACAGAACAAUCAGGAGUUUUAGAUGACAAAACUAAUGCAAUUCACCCAACAAUAUCAACUACAACGCAGACACAAAUGAUUUACACUAAUGCGACAUUACAUCCUUGGCAUAAAACAACAUCUUUAGUAGAGGAAAGAAUCAAGCAAAGUAUUUUAGAACCUAUAUACAAUAUCAUGAAAACUCCCGAUUUAAGAAAUACUAUAACAGAAUCAGCCACAAAUUCUACAAUACCGGUACAAAAAUAUAAAUCUACAUCAUAUGGCACCACAGCACCAACUUCUACCUCUAUGCCAACGCUUAAAAAUACUCACGCAGUAUAUAAAACAACAAGAAUUACUACAACAAAGAAACCCGAAGUUAUUUCAAAAAUCCUACCAGCCACCAAUAAGUUCAAACCGAAAGAAAUUUGGAUAAGACCUACUCAAAAAGGUGAACUAACGAUUGUAGAUACAAAAUUGAAACCGUCUCACGAACCAACUGUCCUCAGAUAUAUCAAAAAUGCAUCUAAAGUAGAAACACCUGUCACAAGCACCACACCAAGAACGAUAAUAGUAUCAAUAAUUCCGACAUCACUGUCGUACCCCUCCUUUAAAAAAAUUACUCUCACGACCUCUUCUUCUGUAAGCACACAAGAAUAUGGCGAUAAAAAGCAACAUAAUGUUGCGCUUGAUUCUCAGACUGUAACUAUAUCUAUGUUGAAUAACAGUACUUCAACACUGCCACCUACAACAAUAAAAACAUUGAGUACAGCUAUGACGACAAAAGUAAAGACUUUUAUAAAAGAACAGUUUGUCCCAAGUACUACAAAAUCUUUGAAGUAUCACAGCACUGAAACCACUGCACCCUACGUAAAUAAAACAUAUGUGUUUUCUAUCAGUAACACCACUAACAGCACGAGCAUGACUAAUGCAGUUAAAACCUCAACUUAUUCUUCUUACCUAUCAACUACAACUCCUGUUACUUCAACUAAAGCACCAAAAAGAAACCUCACAUCUGAUUUAGAGAAAUUCGCAAAAACUAUUGUGCAAACACUAUUGUCUGAGGAAGAUGAGCCUUCAUCGAAAAGACCUUCUACAAUCAAAACGACCCCUACUUCUACUAAAUACCAAUCAAUAUUAACAACCAAGAGUAUAGCAGCAGUUAACAAAACCAAAGAAGUAGCGGAAGCUAAUGUUACGCCAAAGUCUUUAUUAAUAAAGAAUACCUCAGUCACAACAGAAGGGAAUUACCGUGAUUUAAAAAAAUCUACUAAACUAACAAGUGUUGUAACAACCAAGAAAGAUGUAGAGGUCACUCGUAGUACUAACAUCGUAACAAGCACUGCAGAAACACCAGCUGAAGAUGAAACUUUUCAUAUUUUGACAGAACCGGAGCAUAUCACAGCCAUGAUCGAUGACAAGGGCACAAAGACCAGCUCUCUUGACCUCAUUUCACUCCUCAGUAUAGCCGGUGGUGUUAUGAUGUCUAUAAUAACAGUUGCAGUCAUUAUCGUCAUGAUAGAGAGGUGUAGGAGACCAAAGUACGAAGACAUAAGAAGAGCUAACCAAUUGCAUAUGAAAACUAUGAUGGAUACCAAUGGUCCGCCGCCUUCAUAUUCUAGAAGAGGCUUUCAUGCGCCAUUGCCAGAUCCACCUACUUUAGAUAAAUCCUGCCAUUACCAACCAAUAUCAACUUUGGAUAGAAAUUUAAAACAAUUUAUGAGGCCGGUAACGGUCCAAGCCAUUUCACCAAUAAUGAUUGAGAAUUUUCGAGGAAUUUUGGAAUGUCACUAUGAUCAUUUACCACAAAGAAGGCAAUUUGAAGAAAAUAUUAACACAGCGCCAUCUAUGAGCAGUCCACAUGAACCAUUAUACACACAACUAAGCCAAAUGAAUUCUAUUCAACACGAAGCACGGUUGGAGGUACUUGAUCCAUCGCUAAAUGAGCCUCUAUAUGCUGAAAUACCCUGCUGGAGGCCACCCUCAGAACAUGCAAUAGAAAUUUUAACAAUCAACUCUGAAGCAGUAACGGAAUUAUGAUCAGCCGAUAAAAAUUACCAAAGUUAUAAAAUUGGUGUAUUUGAAAUUUGAUUAACAUGAUAAUUGUUGAAGUUUCGACAUCAAAAUAUAGAUGGCGUUACGUAUAGAAAUGGGAAUUGUGGUUUAUUAUGGUCGGGGCAGUAUUGAAGUGAAAAC